CGUUGAUCUUGGCAGAACAGUGCAAAGCCAGCAGAGUCAUUAAGUGACGCAAGCUUUUGCUUUUUUUUUCUUUCUGUUAAAGCUCUCUGGCACAGCUGGCUAUUCUAGUCCUAGAAGAAAAGAGAAGAGACUUUCUGAAGAUCUGAUUGAGACGAUAGAAGAAACUUGGGACACUUUAAAAAGAAGCAGCCAAGAACAUCAACCAAAACUCCAGAUAAUCCAGACCAGCUUCUAGGUUUUGUACGCAGGAUCUUUUAAAUUGUUCAGAACUUAGGUUUUUGUUACAGAGGAUGAUUAGACAAGGCAAUAGAGUGCGAGAAGGGUUAUAUUGGAUUCCUGCCUCUUCUUCCAGUUGGAAAAAUCUUCAGUCCACAAGAAGCAUUAUAAGCAACACUGAAGAACAUGUCUCACCUUGAUCCUGGGUGCUGUUGGAGUUGAUGAUUUCCAUUUCACCAGGACUUUUUGGAGGCAGUUAAAAAAAAAAAAAAAAAGAAGGAAGCAAUAUCUAAGAAUCUCUCUAGAUUAGUUCUGUGCCAUGUUACAUUUUGAAUAGUGGAGCGAGUGAGGGACAGACAGCUCUAUUAUCUGGAUGUAGGAGGAUACCUGAAUCCUUUGAGUUUGCAGAGAUGAUGUUUAGAAGGUUGUAAAUUCAGAGUCUUUCAACAUAAAUUCACUAAACUCUGGAUUCUCUUUCUUUUGAGGACUUCAGCAGACUAAAAUUCCUUGCUGAAAAGAUAGAAAACCUUCUCUGCAAUUUCAGGCUAAAUGUGAACAAUAAUGUCUUGGAAAAGAAGUUAUUUUUCAGGGGGCCGUGGUAGUGUCCAAGGAAUGUUUGCACCUCGAAGUUCAACCUCCAUAGCUCCCAGCAAAGGCCUCAGCAAUGAGCCAGGGCAAAACAGCUGCUUCCUCAAUAGUGCCCUGCAGGUUUUGUGGCACUUGGAUAUCUUCCGACGUAGCUUUAGGCAGCUCACAACUCAUAAGUGCAUGGGAGAUUCCUGCAUCUUUUGUGCUCUUAAGGGAAUCUUUAACCAGUUUCAGUGUAGCAGUGAAAAAGUGCUUCCAUCUGACACUCUCCGCAGUGCUCUGGCAAAGACUUUCCAGGAUGAACAGCGUUUCCAGCUGGGAAUUAUGGAUGAUGCUGCAGAAUGCUUUGAGAACCUCUUGAUGAGAAUUCACUUUCACAUUGCUGAUGAAACCAAAGAGGAUAUAUGUACUGCCAAACACUGCAUUUCUCACCAGAAAUUUGCAAUGACAUUAUUUGAACAGUGUGUAUGUACUAGCUGUGGUGCCACUUCUGAUCCGCUACCUUUCAUCCAGAUGGUACAUUACAUUUCUACUACUUCCCUUUGCAAUCAGGCUAUUUGUAUGCUGGAAAGACGAGAAAAACCUUCACCAAGCAUGUUUGGUGAACUGUUGCAGAAUGCCAGCACCAUGGGGGACCUGCGGAACUGUCCGAGUAACUGUGGAGAGAGGAUCCGGAUUCGCCGUGUGUUGAUGAAUGCUCCACAGAUUAUCACAAUUGGGCUGGUAUGGGACUCGGACCAUUCAGACUUGGCAGAGGAUGUCAUCCACAGCCUGGGCACCUGCCUUAAGCUGGGUGAUCUGUUUUUCAGAGUGACAGAUGACCGUGCCAAGCAGUCUGAACUGUACUUAGUAGGAAUGAUCUGUUACUAUGGCAAACAUUAUUCUACUUUUUUUUUUCAAACAAAGAUUCGAAAAUGGAUGUAUUUUGAUGAUGCUCAUGUCAAGGAGAUUGGGCCCAAAUGGAAGGAUGUGGUAACCAAAUGCAUCAAAGGCCACUAUCAGCCCUUGCUGUUGCUUUAUGCAGAUCCUCAGGGUACCCCAGUGUCUACCCAGGACCUGCCUCCCCAUGCUCAGUUCCAGUCAUACAGCAGGACAUGCUACGAUAGUGAAGAUUCAGGGAGGGAACCCUCCAUCUCAAGUGACACUCGAACAGAUUCCUCAACGGAGAGCUAUCCCUACAAACACUCCCACCAUGAGUCUGUGGUCAGUCACUUCUCUUCUGAUUCUCAGGGGACAGUCAUCUAUAAUGUGGAGAAUGAUUCCAUGUCCCAGAGCAGUCGGGACACAGGACACCUGACUGAUAGUGAAUGUAAUCAGAAACACACAUCAAAGAAAGGGUCCUUGAUAGAGCGCAAGAGGAGCUCUGGCCGUGCUAGGAGGAAAGGUGACGAGCCACAGGCCUCAGGGUACCACAGUGAAGGGGAAACACUGAAAGAGAAACAGGCUCCUAGGAAUGCCUCCAAAUCAUCUAGCAGCACCAGCAGGCUAAGGGAUUUUAAAGAGACAGUCAGCAACAUGAUCCAUAACAGACCAUCUCUCGCUUCUCAGACCAAUGUAGGAUCUCCCUGUGUGGGAAAAAAAGAAGACCAGUCUGACAAGAAACCUCCUAGGAACCUGCCUUUACACUCUUGUGACUGGGAAAUGGAGAGUACCAGUAGUGAGUCAAAAUCCAGUUCUUCCAGCAAGUAUCGUCCAACAUGGAGACCCAAACGAGAGUCUCUGAAUAUCGACAGUAUUUUUAGUAAGGACAAAAGGAAGCAUUGUGGCUAUACCCAGCUUAGUCCCUUUUCUGAGGAUUCAGUCAAAGAAUUUGUACCAGAUGAAUUAAGCAAGCCAUCUGCUUAUGACACAAAAGCUGGUGGACCAAGCUCCAAGUACAAGCCCUGGGGACCAGCCCGGCCGGGAUCUCACUUUUUAGAACAGCAUCCUCGCCUAAUCCAGCGAAUGGAAUCUGGUUAUGAGAGCAGUGAGAGGAACAGCAGCAGCCCUGUCAGCCUGGAUGCAGCCCUGCCAGAGAGCUCAAAUAUUUGCAGGGAUCCAAGUGCUAAAAGAUCAGCUGGAUUUGUCCCUUCUUGGCGUCAUAUCCCGAAGUCUCACAGCAGUAGUAUCUUGGAAGGGGACUCCACAGCAUCUGUGAGUGGCUGGACAAAGACUCAACCCCUCUCCGGUGGGGAAACAUCUUCUAAAAGUGAACUGGAUGAAUUGCAGGAAGAGGUGGCCCGGAGGGCCCAGGAACAAGAACUUCGAAGGAAAAGGGAGAAGGAAUUAGAGGCUGCUAAAGGGUUUAAUCCUCACCCCAGCCGAUUCAUGGACUUGGAUGAACUGCAGAAUCAGGGGAGGAGUGACGGCUUUGAGAGGUCCCUGCAAGAGGCAAAUUCAGUGUUUGAAGAGUCCCUGCAUCUGGAACAAAAGGGAGACUGUGCUGCAGCUUUGGCUCUCUGUAAUGAAGCUAUCUCUAAACUAAGAUUUGCCCUGCAUGGUGCCAGCUCUAGCACACACAGCAGAGCCCUAGUCGAUAAGAAGUUGCAAAUCAGUAUUCGAAAAGCACGGAGCCUGCAGGAUCGCAUGCGGCAGCAACAAUCAUCGCAGCAGCCUUCGCAGCCCUCAGCUUGCCUCCCAUCACAGGGGGGCGCCCUCCCUCAGCUGACAAGUGAACAGUCUAUCCCGCUCCAAGUAUUGUUAAACCGAGAGGCCCAACUGGAACCCUGCGUAAAUUCAGAGUUUGGGGCCAGUUCUUCUUUCUUCCACUCACCUGCUUCCUGCCAUGAGUCACACUCGUCACUAUUCCCAGAGUCACUUGCUGCAUCUGCCCCACAGCACAAUUCUCCCAAUAGAUCUGCCUCGAAGCUUCUGACUUCAGGUGAGGUGGGCAAUGUUGAUCACUCUGUGUUCCACAGGCAGCAUUUACCCAAAACAACAGAGAAGACUGAGAAGAAUUCUCUCCAAGAAUAUGUGCCAUUGGAUUCACCCGAGGGUAAGCUGCAAAGUCACAGAGAAGACAGCUGCAGUUGCAACAUGUUCCUUCCACAAGAAGGAAAGGGCAUUGCUCAAGAACAGUUGUUCCAAGAAAAGAGGGAUCCUGCUGACCCUUCCCUGGUGGUCCCAACACCAACACGAGGAGCCACUUAUGAGAGACGAAAUGCACACAGCCUAGGCUGUAAUUCUUCAAGUUUAUCAGAUCAGCCUAGCAUUCCUCCUCAUAGGGCCUGCCACCCCAUAAUGCCUGCUGCUUCUUCAUCUGUGCUUCACUCUCCUGAUCCUGUGCAGAAAACUAACCAGUGCCUCCAAGCCCAAAACCUCCAAACUUUAUUGACUUCAAAAGUGAUCGGAGGCAGCGAGGAGCCCUGUAGAUCGGAGUUUCCCAGCACAAAGGGACUUGUUCGCUCUCUGGCAGAGCAGUUCCAGAGGAUGCAGGGUGCCUCCACAAGGAAUGCUACAGGUUCCCAGAAUCAAAGUUUGCCAGGUAGUCUGAGGAAGAACUCUUCCCCUUUUGACUUUAAGCCUCCUUUUCCACAGGGUCAAGGAAAAGGCCACUGUCCUUGGGUAAAACAGCAACCUUCUCUGGAUGGUAGGGACAGACUGCCUUCCUGGGAAGAGCCUACUGACCACUAUUCUCUUGCCAUAGACUCUGGGCUGCCUAAUGGUGAAACCUCUAGGGGAGGACAGCCUAGGUUGGCAGAGCCAGGUAUAUACAAAGGGAAGCUAUCAUCCCAAGUGAGAGAUGCUAGGCCUAGUGAGCUGGGAACCAGUAUCAAUUUAGAGACUUCUUUGCCUUUGGAUUCCUGGGUGAAUGUCACAAGGCUUUGUGAUUCUCAGCUUAAACAUGGGCUCCCUGGCCCAGGAGUGAAGUCCUUCCCCCAUGACUCCCACACCUGUGUAACCUAUCCAGAGAGGAAUCACAUUCUUUUGCAUCCACAUUGGAACCAAGACACAGAGCAGGAGACCUCUGAAUUGGAAUCUCUCUAUCAGGCCAGUCUUCAAGCUUCUCAAGAUGGCUGUUUUGGAUGGAGACAGCAGGAUGUGGCUUGGCAUCCACUUAGCCAUACAGGCUCUGCAGAUGGUGAGGGGAGGAGAUUGCAUUCAGCACCUGGUCUCCAUCUCUCAAAGACUCCAACAGCAGAAAUGGAGCAUAUUCUCCAUGAAAUGAGCACAGUGCCUGCAUCUCAGGAUUCAUCAAACUUGAGGAAAAAGCCUUUGGAAACCGGGCACCGUUGUUCCAGCUCCUCUUCCCUCCCUGUCAUCCAUGAUCCUCCCAUAUUUCUCCUUGAUCCCCAAGUCUAUCCUUCCCAACCACAGUUCCUGUCCCCAGAUGUCCUGAUGCCCAGCUUGGCAGGGGAGCCCUAUAGACCCCCAGGAACUUCGAGGAGUGUCCAGCAGUUUCUGGCUAUGUGUGACAGGGGUGAAACUUCCCAAGGGAUCAAGUACACAGGAAGGACUUUGAACUACCAGAGUCUCCCACAUCGUUCGAGAGCCAAUGCCUCCGGGGGACCCUGGCCAGAGACCAAUCAGAACAUUGGGACCAGAUUCCUAACUACUCCAGGAUGCAAGCCUCAGCUAACCCAUACUGCCACACUACCAGAAAGAAGCCAGGGCCCUCAGGUCCCUAAUGUUCAAACCUGGGGGGAUCUUUUCCACUCACACUCUCAUUUGCCCACUGUUCACUCUGUAUCUCCAACAUCCAGCAGCAUUCAUUUACCCCUGAGGUCAGCUUGGAAUUCUGGUCCUGUUAUGGGGUUCCGAACACCUGGACCACGAAGAGUAGAUAUGCCCCCAGAUAAUGACUGGAGGCAAAGCAGUUAUGCCUCCCAAUCUAGGCAUAGGAGGACAGGGGAAGACAGGUUUCUGUUUGUUCUAGCAGAUAUCCCUGGAAGGGAGCAGAACAAGGCUAGAGUACUGCAGCACAGCAGGUGGUAAGGGUCACCCCUUUCCUUUUCUGGAGGUGUACCUUUUUCUAUAAAACUACUGUGCCAGAAUUAUUUACCUGCAUUUCCACCAUGGUUGUGCUAUUCUCAUUUCAACAUAGAAUUGGAAGUUUCUCCUACAGGUGCCAGGAACCUCUAAAAGAGACCUGGCUUUUUGGGAGGGAAUAUUUGAAAUUCUAACAUCAAUUCCCCUACCAAAAGAAAGCAGCUCCUGUUUAGGGCUUUAUUUGAGUCACUUUAAAGUUGUAUCCAUUAUACUAUUCUGGACACUAGCCAUUUCUUAGUGUCUUAAGGUCAUCAUUUUAUUUUGGGUAUUGUUAUACCCCCAUAUCCACUUGAGCCCUCAUCCUCUGGAACUUACUGUAUUCCCAACUUAUACUCUUUGUUUUAAUGUACUUGUUCCUAUUACCUGACCCUCUGUCUUCCCCAUCCUUGGAGGGACAGGUAGCCCUGUAGUCAUGGUCCUGACCAUAUCAUUCAGGGUAGUCUGCCACAUAGGUAUUAUGGCCUGUCAGGUAUUAUGGUCCUGUGCCCCACACCAUAGGCCUAGAAUAUGGAGCUGCUAACAUAAUAUUUGCCCCUCUGAACAGAUGGUAUCAGGCACACUAACAUACCCUCCUGUCCUCAGCAGCAGAGCCAUUACUGCCACUUGCUCAGUCACCAUUAUAAACCCUCAGAGUUAGCUGAACUAUUUUAGGGCAAAACAUACUCUUUUUGUAAAGUAUUUUUCAUUAAUAAAUCUAUAAGAUAGUUCUAUGUAAUCCCUUGUUUUUCUUUCCUUUUGUUUGCUCUUGCUCUUUUAUACUGGGAUGGGGAUACCUGGACAUAUGAAAUGUUUUUUGAGUAAAAGGAGUUGAAGAGGAAUUGAAAAAUAUAUUCUCAAGGUGGGAGUCAAUGGACCCUUAAAAAGAGUAUUUUUCCUUGUUAUUAUUGCUGCUAGCACGUUUGCUAUCCCUUUUUUGCUAGAGGCACUCAGUAUACUACACACUUCCAUUCCUCAGCUCCUAGGAUUUCUGUGGCCAUUCAAACUAUGCUGACAAACUCACUCCAGGUCCAGGUCCUCUUGUUGCACUCCUUACAGGUCUGUGAUACGCCCCCUAUCUUGCUUGCUUUUUUCCCAUGGGCUUCCUCUCCUUGAC